CUAGCAAGGAAGGAAGCCAUGUUAACCCCUCCUCAAUCAGUAUCCAAUCAUAACAAAAGGCUACUAUAGGCUGGGAAGUAACAGAAGAUCAGAGAAAAGGAUUAAGAAUCCCAAAGGGCCAGAAAGGACCAGUCCACAUUAAACACUGCAGCUCAGGACCUUUUCCUUUCAAAGUCUUCCAAAACUAUAUAAUGCAGAUUAUUCCUGUGUGUACACGUCCAAACAAGGACCUUAAUCUGCCCGCUGCAUCUGCAGCUGUGAACCAAACUUACUUCACUAUUCUCUCAGACCACUCCCUAAACUGCAUGGCAGGGGGGGAAAAAGUGCAAUCAAAACCCACAACUACCUACAAGCCUUGGCAAAUGGCUGGAAGAGAACAUCACUGGAAGAGGAAAACCUGGGGAUACAGAAAGUAUCAUCAUUAGCAUCCGUGGCUUCUAGAAGAUGUAAUCACUGGCACUCCUAUUAAUCAGCCGCCACCCCCCACCCCUCUCUGGCGCUGACAGGAAGUGUUUACAGAAAGCACAGUCACAAUAUAGCUGGGAACAGAGACAGGCAAGCAGGUGGCGGGUCAACCCUCCCGCUCCCGAGCCCCCCAAACCCACCCGAUCCUCCAGGGCAGCAACAAUUCCCAAGCUCUAGAAAAAUGCCGAGCCGAUGAAGUUCCUCGCGUCUAGAUGUGCCGGUCCACAGCCUAGUAUUAGCGUCAGUGAGGCGGCGGCGGCUGCUGCUAGACCGGGAAAUCGCGGGGGGGGGAGGAGGAGGACCGGAGAGCGUGUUGUCACACACCAUCCUUGGACACGCCUCGCCCCUUUGCAAAGCGUUCCACCCAGGGCUUUCUUUUAAGCCCCAGAGCCGUCCCUGCGUGGAAUUGCACUUUGGCCUUUGGAUUUCACAAGCGGACGAUUAACAAGGAGAAGCCCAAAGCUUCAGAAUGAAACCCACCCGCCUGGCAGCACCCCAAGUCACCCUUUCAGCCUCGCUGCGCUCUCCCUUAACGUCCCUCGACUGACAAUCGGACACACCCCAUAAUAGCUCGUCCUCUCGCACACGAGGCUGUUCCCCCUGACAGACGCAAUCGCCGUGCCUUCCCUUCUUGUACGCCGCCGACCGCCUCCCACGUUGCUUUUGGCCGAAGGAAGCGCAACCUCCCCAAGCGAUACCCCUCCGAGUCUCUCCUACUUAAGAAAUGAGGGUGGCGAGGAUGAUGCUGAAAUAACCUAGGGAGGGGGAGGGGGAGUCUGGCCUUUACACCCUCACUUCGGAGAUUCGGGUUACAACCGAAGCGACUUCAGCCAAGAUCCAGGGAAAGAGAUGUUCUACAACGCGCAACCCGCCUUUUUCCUCCCCCAUUUUGGCUCAUAAAAGCCAAGCGCUGCAACUAACAGCUCCGUGUACACGGUCGCCCUGGGGCGCGCCGUGUGAACCACUGCAGGACCUCUGGCUAUUACAGCCCGCACCUUGAAUAUUCCCAAACGGCUGAAAGCUGAACCGGAGAACGCCCACAGAUCCGCAGCCGCUUCGUGGCCGCCUUCCCCAGGGCUGCUAAGGAAUUACUUACACAGCAGGAAAUAUGUUCCACAUCAUACAACUGCAUUGCCUGCAGAUCUACAAGCUUUGGCAUCUCCCUUUUGUACUACCCAAUGACAAUAAUUCUGAGCAUAAAUGACUCCUUUGGGAAAUUGUGCCAGCAAGUUACAGCUGUGUCUUUGAUAGCUGCAAGAAAGAGUAUGGGUGAGAGAGAGAAGAAAGAAAAUUUCAACGUUGUGUUUAUAAACAUUCUGAAAGAGUUGUACAACAUACAUCCCAGAGGACUCCACUAUAGCUUGGAAACAAUUCUGAUGGAUGGAUAGAUGGAUGGACAGACAGACAAAAAGAAAUGUAUAGUAUGUAAGAAUGUGUAGAUGUAGACCUGUGUAUCUAAGGUCUACUACACAUGUACAUUUCUCUCAAUGCCUUUAAAAAAACCAAAUUUCAGAAAAUUAUGAUUCAAGCUGAAAAUGGUCUUCCCCUCCAGCUGUUUUAUCUCUAAAAUCUCCCUCAGAUAUGUUCCCUCCCAAUAUUUCAUGAAGUGGAAAAGGAAAAUUUGAACCAAAAAAAAAACCCUGCCAGCCAACUCUUGUUUUCCCUCGCUCCUGCAGUGUAAUGCAAAAAUAAUGAGAAUUACCAAUGUGUAAUACGAAGCUUUUAAAACAAUGACAUUGCUCUUUUGUUGUAAUAACGCAGUAAAAUACCGUGAUCCAGAGAUGCAGACUAGGAGGGGUGUAUGUGAUAUGGGCCGCGCGAUCUCCUUUUAUAAAAUAUACUUUCCACUGGGGAAAAGGGGAGAGGACGCCUCUACCGUCAGACUGACUUUCGGAACAAAUACAUGAACCGAAAUGUUCUUUGGGGACCAUUGCAACUACCGCCAACCCCUUGUUUAAUUUUCAGCCGGUAUUGCUUAUACGUCAGAACACACGUGCUAGGUGGCGUUCAUGCGCAACCAGGAAGACACAAAGAAGGCGGGAAACCGACCGGCCGACUGAAACACGGUCCGGCUCCCUCGCGCUUAAGACUCUCGCCUUUCAGCGGACAACGCUCUUCUCUCGACGAUGGGUGCCUCCCGUAAAACGAGGGGCGGCCCCUGGCGCAGAGGCUGGCACUUGUCGCAGAGCUACGCCACGCCCAUCUUCCCGCAGGCUGGCGAUUGGCUUCGAGGGUGGCGGGCUCAUGACUAUGUAGCAAGUGUAUUCAAAUCAGGCGGUUGCCAAGGUAACUUGAGGCCUUGCGUACACACGCUAAUCCUUGGAAAAGGCCUGGGGGGGCCGAAAGGACCAAGGACGAGGGUGUUCCUAGGUGUGACUCGAUGAGGGGUUCAUUUCCCCUUUUAAUUUUGACGUGCCGUGGCGUCUUUUUCUUCUGCCGGCAGUUGGAAGAAAUUAGAAGCAGGAGAACUUCAGUGCCAUUUCAAGAAGAUAACUAGAAGAUAAAUAGCUCAAAUUUGUAUACUGCAAGUGGAGUUGCUGUUGGAAACAGACAUGGUGGAUGGCAUGACAAGGCAUUCUGAAAUGAAGCUAAACUGGAAACUAGAUAGAACCUCAAGACCAGGUUCAGCAACAGUUAGGGUUACAGAUCUUGGCUGGCAAGGUCUCUUGAACCCGAAUCCAUCUAUUAAAGAAGAUGAAGAGCUACUUGUGGAUGAAUACCUUUCUCCCCACAAGCUGAAAGCAUUGACAGGGCUAGAUGAUCUGUGGCAACUGAAGGCCCUCGAGAUGCGUGUAAACACCAGAGAGAAUAGUCUGGGAAAUUUUGGUUCUUAUCUCCCUAAUCUGAAACAACUAAAACUGAAUGGAAGUAUACUUACUUCUGUGAGGGACCUUGGAACAGCACUGCCUCGUCUUCAAGUUCUAUGGAUGGCUCGCUGUGGGCUCCCAGAUUUAGAUGGGAUCUCUUCCUGUUGCUCUUUGAAGGAACUCUACAUAGCCUACAACAAUAUUGGUGACCUAAGUCAGAUCAGCCUGCUGGAGAACCUUGAAAUUCUAGAUUUAGAAGGAAACAAUAUUGAAGAUCUUAAUCAGAUUCAAUACUUGCGGCUCUGUACUAAGCUGACCAAUCUUACGAUAGAGGGAAAUCUUAUUUGCUUGAAGCCAAGCCCGCAAUCUUCAGAGGACCCAGAUUACAAUUACAGAGUUGAAGUGAAAAAACUCAUCCCUCAUUUAAAAUGUUUGGAUGAAAUACCAGCAAAUCAAACUGCUAUUCCUUUUCCAUGCAAAAUGAAUAAGGACUGGCUUAUUGUCAAGGAAUCAAUCAAAGAAGGAAGUUUAAUUGAGGAAGCUUCAGGUUCAGAUUCUCAGUUAGGACUCCUAACAAGAAGGCUGGGCUCUGCUCUACGGCCUGCUGCAACUCACUUUUUGCUAGGUUCCAGACCUCAGGCUCUCCAGAGAUCGCCUAGUGCUCAUUUGCUUUCUGGUUGUAGCACUCUCUUGGAAUCCACCAUCUGCGAUGAGAUAUUGCCUGAUGAUGAUUCAAGUGACCUGACCCAUGGUGUCAGCAGAGUUAUAUGUGGGAACCCCAUCAAAGCUCUUCAUGCACGAAGACAGAAGUUAGGUUCUGCAGUAACAAACCUGUUCCAGCCACCGUGUCAUCUGGCAGAAUAUAAUUAUGAUUUUGAAGAAACUGGCAGUAUAAAUGAGAGAGACAUCUUUGCUGAGCUGAAAGCCUUGCAAGAACAUCAUUACCAGCACUUGCAGGCCUUCCAAAGGGUGAAAUCUCCCCAGCUGCUGAAAAUAACACACAGUGAUGAAGAAGGGGAAGAGGAAGAAAAAGGCUGCAGCCUGAGUGACAGCUGUGAUGAAGAUUUCAAAGAAGCCUUUCAAGGGGACAUCACACAAAUUACCUCAUCAGAAGCUUCUUGUUGUUCCCAUCUUUCUCAGGUGUCAUCAGAUUCAUCACAUAGCCUCGCAAAUACAUUACCAAGCAUUGUAAAGCGCUCUCUCCAACCUUCUCCUCCAAAAUGCCCUUCACCUGCAUCCAUGGGUGUGACAGCUGGACUUGUGAGAGCUAGACACCUGAAAAUACCUAAUUCAAAAAAAGCUGUGUUAAAGCUGCAGCCUCCAUUAGUUGUGAACAGGGACGAAGUGCAGCAUAUGGCUGAAAGGACUGCUGUGCUGAAUCUCUACAGGAAACCAGAUGCAUCCUCUAAUGCAGCAGUCUUCACACAGAGGCAAACAAUUUGUGGCAGCAAACAGAUUAGGAGACCCAUUUCAGGACCAGCAGCAUUUGGACCAACAAAUAGAGCCACUAUGGAUAGAAGCCUACCUAAGACAAUCAGCCAUCAUAUACCUGUCAGUCAUUCAUACACAAAUAUGCCAGAGAGAUUUGCAGUGCUGAACAUGGUCCACCCUCUGAGCGCCAAAGCUUCCCUGCAGAGCUUGUCAAAAAGGCCGGAUAUCUCAAUGAUUGCUCAAAGCAAGACUCCCCAGUUGUAGGAAAUACCUCAAACAGCUAUGCGUACCAUACUUUGUUGCCAGGUCUCAGCUGUACUUGAUUUCCCAUUUUCCCAUGAGCAACCCAGGCCAGCUUUCUCUGAUUCAGCAGCCUGAUUCAUCACUGAGGGUUGACGGUGCCCCUACGCAAGCGGAGCAGUUGAAAGAAACAACUUGAUUUCUGUCCAAUUAAACUGCUGCUGUGAAGAGAGAAUCAGUCAUACUCCCCACCCCCACCCCAGCAACUUUUCUUUUUAGCAGGCUUUGAAAGGAACGGAGAAAGGGCUUGUGCCCAUUGCAGCAGCUCCUUCUGAUGACUACAUCACUGGUGUUUAGAACAGCUGUGUGAGUGGCCUCAGGAGCUAGGGUGGUUUCCUUGACUCAGCUGGUGGGAGGAUGAUACAACUGGUUCCCUCAGGUAACCAGCUGCAGCUCCAAAGUGUCAGCCUUCUCUCCUGGUGAUUAAGAGACUGGGAACAUAGGCAGCUGCACUUGGCUUAGUCUGAAAGAUAUGUGGGGGGUUUUUUUUUCAUGUUCCUUGAGCAGCAGACCCAUUGGUUUCAGGUACUGGUUUCUGCUUCAAACGUAACGUAAACAAACUACGUUGCUUGGUUACCAUUUUCAGCAUGGAAUUACCAAAUAGCAAGAAGUGUAGGACCAAUUGACCGAAUCAUUUUAAUUUACUUGUGCUUGAAAGAAAUACUUGGCACACCUCAAGAUUAUAUUUUCUUCAAGUCAGGUGACUGGUAUAUACCCACAUUUUUAUAUCAGACAUGGAUGGUUCUUAAUAAUUCCUCCUUUACCUGAACCUUUUCGUGUCUUUACAACAAAUGUAUUUUCAGUUCAAAUUUCCCUAAGCUGUAGAGCAUUUUUAGAUUGAAAGAGAAAAAUGCAUUGUUCAUAAGCGUCAACAUUCAGGUAAGAUGUGCAAUGCUAUUCCAGCAGUCUUGCCUAUCCAUUGGCACAUAGAUGGAAGUUAUCGAUCUUUGAUUUGUAACAUGGGUCAUGUUAUGAGAAUCAAGGAUUCCUACAUAUGGCUAGUAGGUGGCCCUAUUUUUUGAUUGUGGCAUUUGGUGCAAAUGCUGCCAUAUUCAUGGGAUUUGUUACUUGCCAUAGAUCAUACUAUAUCUUUCUCCACACAAGUCCUACAAACUGUAUCUGCUAACAAAAGAAACAAUGUUUUGUGUGAAUCGGAGCUCAAGUAUGUAUGGGUAAUUAUUAUUGUGACUAUUUUGAAACCAAGUAUUGUAUUGUAGUUUUCAAAAUUAAUAGUAGAUAAUUUUGGAGUGAGGUUUACAAAGAUAUAAAUUAUGCAACAAUUCAAGCUAUAAGCUAUCCGUUUUUGUUCAGAUUUUUUAAAAAUGCAUAAUGAUAUCAAUGAUGUUUACAUAAAAUCUUCAGUACGUUCUUAUGUUGAAGCUUUUAAAUAUUUGUAAACCAUGAAAAGGCUUAGAUCCUCCAAAACUGUGCUUCCAUUCAAGCCAUAGUGGAAUUCUGCUGAAUUCCAUAUCUGGAAUAUAGGUUUAUAGGAAACCUGUACCCAAGUUCAUAAAAUAUAUGUGGGAACAUCAGCCUUAAGAAUAGGUAUAUCCUAUAAAUUAAUUUUCUUCUUCAAUCCAGUUUCUGUAGUAUUGAAAGUCUGCCUUUUCUACAUACUCAGAAUAUGAGAAAGGAAGCAAUUUAACCUUUGAUAUGUUCAUAUACAGUAUCUCUAUAAAGAACUUUAUAUAGCAAAAAUAUUUUGUAAGUUGGAUUCAGAUUUAUAUACUGAAAUCAAGGAGACUCCAACCAAUCUCAAAACCCUUGAAUUGCUGUGUGUUUUCCCUAAGUAACUGAAUCCAACCCAGAGAAUAUUCAAUGUUAUUUCCAGUCUUAUAUGAAGAUAAUGAAUAAACCUAUCAAGUAGUAACCCA